AGUCCAAGAAACCUGUAAGCCACAGCGUUCGGCACUUCCAGAGGAGGUCACGGGACCUUGAAUCGCUGGGCGUAUACACUGGCCCUUCAAAAUAUAGCAGAGAUGUUGGCCAAAAGGGAAAAGUCACUGACCAGCUUUACUGGGCUGGGCUCAGGGCAAACUAUCCUCGGCGGAAAGCCCUUGAUUUGAUUACUAAGGUCUGGAUUAAUCUGUGCAUCCGAUUUCGGAAAAAAACUACAAUUUGGCCAACGCCGACUCCUGCCCAAGGUCCCGAGGUGUGUACUGUCGAUCGCGCCCUGUUGGGGUUUCGAGAGUGUCCCCAGGAAGAUAAGUAA